AGCGAGAGCGGCGCGAGCGGUCAGGAGCGGCCCGGCCCGGCCCGGCGCGGUGGCGGCAGCGGCAGUGGCGGCAGCAGCUACGCCAGAGCCCGUGGGCGCCGUUCGCGAGGCCGCCGCAGGGGCCCGGCCGCAAAGCGGGGAGGCCUGGAGGUUAGAGGCCGCCGCUGCCGCCAUGCCGCUGCUCUUCCUCGAGCGCUUCCCUUGGCCCAGCCUCCGCACCUACACGGGCCUCAGCGGCCUGGCCCUGCUCUUCUCCAUCGUCAGCGCCUACCGCGCCCUCAGCCCGCCCGAGGCCGAGGCCGAGGCCGGGCCUGGGCCGGGCGAGCGGGAGCCGAUAACGGCCCCGGUGCAGCCCGAUGCGACCGCGGUCGCCCAGCCGAGCGCCGCGGGACCCGGGGCCCGCGACGUGGCCCAGUACCUGCUCUCGGACAGCCUGUUCGUGUGGGUUCUGGUAAAUACCGCUUGCUGUGUUUUGAUGUUGGUGGCGAAGCUGAUCCAAUGUAUUGUGUUUGGCCCUCUUCGGGUGAGUGAGAGACAGCACCUGAAAGACAAGUUUUGGAAUUUUAUUUUCUACAAGUUCAUUUUCAUUUUUGGUGUGCUGAAUGUCCAGACUGUGGAAGAGGUGGUCAUGUGGUGCCUCUGGUUUGCCGGACUUGUAUUUCUCCAUCUGAUGGUUCAGCUCUGCAAGGACCGGUUUGAAUAUCUCUCUUUUUCUCCCACCACACCAAUGAGUAGCCAUGGUCGAGUGCUGUCUCUGUUGAUCGCUAUGCUGCUUUCCUGUUGUGGAUUGGCAGUUGUCUGUUGUGUCACAGGCUACACCCAUGGGAUGCACACGUUGGCUUUCAUGGCUGCGGAGUCUCUUCUUGUGACAGUGAGGACUGCUCAUGUGAUUUUACGAUACGUAAUCCACCUUUGGGACCUCAACCACGAAGGGACCUGGGAAGGAAAGGGAACAUAUGUCUACUACACAGACUUUGUCAUGGAGCUCACCCUCUUAUCCCUGGACCUCAUGCAUCAUAUUCACAUGUUGCUGUUUGGCAACAUCUGGCUGUCCAUGGCCAGCUUGGUCAUCUUCAUGCAGCUGCGCUACCUGUUUCAUGAGGUCCAGCGUCGGGUCCGCCGGCACAAGAACUACCUGCGUGUUGUUGGGAACAUGGAAGCCAGGUUUGCAGUUGCAACUCCAGAGGAGCUGGCUGUCAAUAACGAUGACUGUGCCAUCUGCUGGGACUCCAUGCAGGCUGCAAGGAAACUGCCCUGUGGACACCUUUUCCACAACUCCUGUCUUCGUUCCUGGCUAGAACAAGACACCUCCUGCCCAACAUGCAGAAUGUCCCUUAAUAUUGCCGACAAUAAUCGUGUCAGGGAAGACCAUCAAGGAGAGAACUUGGAUGAGAAUUUGGUUCCUGUAGCAGCAGCUGAAGGCAGACCUCGCUUAAACCAACACAAUCACUUCUUCCACUUCGAUGCCUCUGGUAACCACGCUCAUCAGAUUCAAGAAAUGUUCCCCCAGGUUCCGUACCACCUCGUGCUGCAGGACCUCCAACUGACACGCUCAGUUGAAAUAACAACAGACAACAUUUUAGAAGGACGGAUUCAAGUACCUUUUCCCACACAGCGGUCAGAUAGCAUUAGACCUGCAUUGAACAGUCCUUUGGAAAGGCCGAACGGUGAGCAGGAGGAGGGAGAAACUUCUGCCCAGACGGAGCGUGUGCCUCUGGGCCUCACUCCUCGGCUGGAUGAGGCCCUGGACUUCAGUGAGCUGGAGGCGGAGCCCAGUGAGGGGGAAGACUUUGAGGCUCGGGGGAGCCGCUUCUCCAAGUCCGCCGACGAGAGACAGCGCAUGCUAGUCCAGCGCAAGGACGACCUCCUGCAGCAAGCUCGGAAGCGCUUCUUGAACAGAACUUCGGAAGAUGACUCAGCCUCAGAGAGCUGCCUCCCCUCAGAAAGCACGGCCUCGGACCCCGUGACCCUGCGUCGAAGGAUGCUGGCUGCGGCUGCCGAACGGAGACUCCAGAAGCAGCAGACCUCCUAGCGCGUCCUGGCCUCCCUCAGCCACCUCCUCCUGAGUGGAGCGGGUGCCCCCGGAAGAGGCCUGUCCCCGUUCCGCCUGCUGUGUGAAGAAGUGGGCUUGACUGCAUUGCCGCUGUAUAAAGCAUGUGGUCUUAAUAGUGUUUGGACAGCUGACAAAUUUAAUCCUUUUUUGUAAUACUUUCUAUGUGACAUUUCUUUUCCCUUUAGAAACACUGCACAUGUUAACUCGAGGCAUGAUCUCUUCUGGCGUUGACUGGACUGCUCACGGGUGAGGGGAGGUCAGGAGGAAGUGGGCAGCCAGAGACCUUGAGGCCAGCGGCUUCGGUUAUUGCUUUAUACUUAAGUCACAACAAAUGCUGGUGUCUUAGCUCUAGAUCUGGCAGGAAGGGAGGGGGGUGGGGGCGCAGGAUUCAUAGAGAGCAGCUUGGAGAGGUUCAGCAGCAGCCUGACUCCACACCAUAGGAGAGUUUCUCUUGUCAAAUUGCUGUUGCUAGUGAGGCCGGACCCAUGGGCUCCUGACCCCUGGGCCAGCAGGGUGUCUUGGAAAAAACUCGGUUUGAUACCUGGAGCAGCCUGGGGCUAUGGAGCGUGAGCAGGCGACUCAUGUCCCAGUACAUCCGGGACUUACCAGAGCUGGCUUCGUAUCCGUUAACGCAGUGCUCCUGCGUCUCAGGAGUUGACCCUGGCUGUCUGUUCUCUGCAAUUCAUUGCCCCCCGGACAUGGGGAAGACCAGCAUUGCAAGGGCUGAGCAGCAAGCUUUGGUGUCUGGUUUGAAUUCCUUGGUCAAGUAAAUUAGGUGAUGCCAGUGGCUGUGAGUGUGGUCCUUAGAGAAAAUGUGGGCCUUACGAGAUGGGAGUGGACAUUUUGGAGGGCUUUACCGAAGAAACAAAAGGUAUGUUUUGUACCUUUCUUCCCUGGAGCCCUUCAUUUUCAUAACUUUGUUCCUGUUGGUUUAAUUAAACAUAGAAAGGUUAAGAUGUUGAGUCCACCUGCCUUGGAGCAGACCCAGGGGUCCUGACCCUUUCCAAAUUCUUCACACAUUUAACUUUAAGGAUUUGAAACAUGCAAUCAUAGGUUACAUAGUUCAGUUUUUUAUGUCCUAUUGAAUUAAGUUUUUUUGUUUGUUUGUUUAAUGUUUCAAAGCAUAAUUUUAUGGUAGUCCUUUUGGGGAGAAUCCAGUAUUAUCUAAAAUUAUUGGCAAAGUUAAAUGUAUUUUGCAUAACUGAAAGUUUUUAGAAUGUUGAAAAGUUAUUGAAAAAAGAGUGAUAAGUAAAUGUGUAGGCCAAGAUAAUUUAUUUCAAUAGGUCUUUCAAAAGCCUUACCUUGAAAUGCUGUUAGUAAAUUUCUGUGAUUUUU